GAGAGAAGACAGCCAGCAACACAGCAAUAGAGACUUUGUGGGAGGGAGGUUGUGCAUAGGGAGAGAAAUUACAGGAACAAAGUUGAUAAGGUUCCAAAGUCCACCUGGGGAUGCGUGCUCCUUUCCCUGAGCUGGUCAGAGACGAUUCAGGUGGUGGGGAGGAUAUCCUAUGAAGCCCAGAUCUGCUCUCCAAUACCCGGAGGAUAGGGACUUGGUCUCUCCUUGUGUCUUCAUUGAUUUUGGACCUGGACCAUUCAUAUUUUUCUCUUUGACUGGAGUCGUAUUUACUAAACAUCACAUGGUGUGUGCUCCCUGAGUAAAUCUGGACAAAGGAGUACAAACUGUGGGAACGGGAUUUUAAUCUCACUCUUCUUACUCCUCAAGCCCAAUGGAUCUGCGGCCUAGGAAGCUCAUAGUGCUUCUCCUGUACUGCUAUGGUGAGUUUAAUGGAGUACUACUGAUCUCCUGUUUGAUUUGGAUGAGUGCACUCUAGGUAUAGACCUAGACUGCGUCCCAAAUGCCACCCUAUUUCCUAAAUAGUGCACUGGGCUCUGGACAAAAGCUCUGCACUAUAUAGGGAAUAGGGUGCCAUUUGGUACGCAUCACUAUAGUCUUUGUUUUAUAUGUAGUCGUAAUGAAUUAGAUGAAGUGAGUCUCUGGAGAUUUCCCCUCAGUUCUAAUCAAGGUCUUGGUGGACAAAGACUAGUGAACUCUAUGUGGACUUCACUCAUUCUAAAUUAUAGCGAUCAAUGGAAAAUGGAUCCACGGGCAAGUUCAUUUGAGUGCUCCAUGAGUGAUCUAUGAUAUCGAUUACAUUAUUCUAAAGCAUAUCAACAUGCUAAUGUUGAAUGGAGUCGAGACUGUGUAUCAUUUUCUGGUCAAUGUCAAUUGUGUAAUCUGUAAUCUGCAUGAGAUAUGACCAGAUGCACUAUGACGUAAGUGGGUCAAAGAGGUCUACAUACGUAGCUGACAUUUUAAAAAGGAAAAGUUAAUUAUGGAUGAAUUGUUCCUAGUGUACUUAUAUUGUAGUGUGGUGAAUAUCCCACCCAUUUUGUAGUUGGAUGGAAAUUAUCCAACCAUUAUGUAGAAAUUAUGUUGAACAUAAUAAUAGUAAACUAAAUGUAUCAAUCUGACUCCAAUAUUAUGUGAAUAAAUGCAACAGGCCCUGUUUGUCUCUAGAGGAUCUAGUCAAGGUAGAGAGCCUUGCAUCACCUCUCAUCAUGACUAUAAUCAACAUGUCUAACUUUAACCGUUAUGCAAUUAUUAAGAAACUAGAUACAAAUAUCUAAUCCUGGUGAACAAUGUUCUAGCAUUAAUUUAUUAAGGUCAAGCAGAUCAGGGAUGUCAAGGUGGUACCCAGGCAUAUGCUAUGGGUAUAGUUUACAGAACCAGUCAAAAGAUUGGACACACAUACUCAUUAGAUUUUUUUAAAUAAUAAUAAUAGUGAAGACAUCAAAACUAUGAAAUAACACAUAUGGAAUCAUGUAGUAACCAAAAAAGUGUUGAACAAAUCAAAAUAUAUUUGAGAUUUGAGAUUCUUCAAAUAGCCACCCUUUGCCUUUUCCAACGGUAUUGAAGGAGUUCCCACAUAUGCUUAGCACAUGUUGGCUGCUUUUCCUUCACUCUGCCGUCCGACUUAUCCCAAACCUCUCAAUUGGGUUGAGGUCAGGGGAUUGUGGAGGCCAGGUCAUCUGAUGCAGCACUGCAUCACUCUCCUUGGUAAAAUAACCCUUACACAGCCUGGAGGUGUGAUGGGCAUUGUCCUGUUGAAAAACAAAUGAUAGUCCCACUAAGUCCAAACCAGAUGGGAUGGGGUAUCGCUGCAUAAUGCUGUGGUAGCCAUGCUGGUUAAGUGUGCCUUGAGUUCUAAAUAAAUCACAGACAGUGUCACCAGCAAAGCACCCCCACACCAUAACACCUCCUCCUCCAUGCUUUACGGUGGGAACUACACAUGCGGAGAUCAUCUGUUCACCCACACCACGUCUCACAAAGACACGCGGUUGGAUCCAAAAAUCUCAAAUUUGGACUCCAGACCAAAGGACAAAUUUCCACCGGUCUAAUGUCCAUUACUCGUGUUUCUUGGCCCAAGCAGGUCUCUUCUUAUUAUUGGUGUCCUUUAGAAGUGGUGUCUUUGCAGCAAUUCGACCACGAAGGCCUGAUUCACACAGUCGCCUCUGAAUAGUUGAUGUUGAGAUGUGUCUGUGACUUGAAUUCUGUGAAGCAUUUAUUUGGGCAAAAUAUUCUGAGGCUGGUAAGUCUAAUGAAUGUAUCCUCUGCAGCAGAGGUAACUCUGGAUAUUCCAUUCCUGUGGUGGUCCUCAUGAGAGCCAGUUUCAUCAUAGUGCUUGAUGGUUUUUGCGACUGCACUUGAAGAAACUUUCAAAGUUCUUGACAUUUUCCGUGUUGAUUGACCUUCAUGUCUUAAAGUAAUGAUGGACUGUCGUUUCUCUUUGCUUAUUUGAGCUGUUCUUGCCGUAAUAUGGAUUUGGUCUUUUACCAAAUAGGGCUUUCUUCUGUAUACCUUGUCACAACACAACUGAUUGGCUCAAACGCAUUAAGAAGGAAAGAUAUUCCACAAAUUAACUUUUAAGAAGGCAUGUCCCUCCCUGGAGAAAUCCACAGAUAAGGUGUGUUUUAACCCUGUGAUAGCCCACAGAUGGUCAGCCAUCCAAACAAUGUCAUAAACCAUGAUUGAGUCAUCACGCUGGGCCUCAGCGCCUGCAAGUCGCUAGUCGCGAGUAUCACCUUCUCUCAUUCUUCCACUAUAGUUUCUAUCUUACUAUACAGUCCUGAUAAGACUGGCGCAAACUCCUUGAGGAAUUAAGGCUGUCCUACAGUGGACACUGUAUUUUUUAAACAUCCCUUUGUGGAUGGGCCCUACAGACCCAGACUGUUGCUUUUGUUUGAUCCUAUUCUCACUCAAAUCAAGCAAUUGUCUUGCUUCCACAUGUCCAGCUGCUUAUAUUCCCUCCCCUGUAGUCCAGGAACAAUUACACAUUUUAGUUCCUGCUGCCACAGAAACAAAGCCCAGCCCAGCUUACGUAAGCCCAACUUGAGUUCGGCCCACAGCAGCCGUGAGUGAAAAUGGAGCAAGCGUAUCUCAAGGGAGGCAGAUCCUUUGACAGAGGCUGUUGUUGUGAGCAUGUCACAUGGGUCGUGACAAUGCUGAAUAAUAGACCAAUGCUUUUUGUAUAAUGACUAGCGAGACGUUUUACUAUGAAUGCUAUUCGUAAACAGACAGUCUCAAGUUAACUUCCCCACCGUCUUUUUCUUUAUCUAUAGGUUGUUCAGCCAUUAGUGAAGGGAAGCCAUACUUCAUCUCUAGGAAUUUCAACACUGUGCUCCACUGGAACAAGGUCGACAGCCCAGAUGAAGGGGUCCUUUACAGUGUCCAGUACAAAGGGUGAGAGACAGGAAUACAGCUGUCACCUAUUCACCUUUCAACCCAACAACAUAUUUAUGUGCCUAGGGUGACCUAGGGUGAUAUGUGACUUAUGUCAACAACAUUUUUAAAGAUGUGUAACUCAGCUGGUAGCGCCCGGCGCUUGUAACGCCAAGGUAGUGGGUUCGAUCCCCGGGACCACCCAUAUACAAAAAAAUGUGCGCACGCAUGACUGUAAGCCGCUUUGGAUAAAAGCGUCUGCUAAAUAUUAUUAUUAUGUGUGCUGAAAGUCGGAACUAUGCCUCCGGGAAGAGACUGUGUGUGUUUAAGUUAAGUUAAAGUGCCAUUUUACUGUACUUCUCCAUGCUGCAGGUUGAGCUCCACUGGCUGGGGCAAGCCUUAGCAGACAGGUUCUGUUCUGUUCAUUACCACAGGCCUCACUCUGUUUCCCUGCACACCACAGGGAUAAAUCUGUGAAAUAAAUUGUACUAUUCAACUUUACAAACGGCACUCAGUACACCUGUGGCUAUGUGAGGCAAAUGUUUUCGUUUCACUCACUUUGUCUCACUUCCUCUUUGAAUUCCUUUUACAAAGUGGAAAUGUCAGCUCAUCUAAUUGCUCAUGAUAUAGUCUGACGGGAAAAUGCCAAGUGCCACACCAAUUGCAUUGAUUUGUCUCACCGAGACUGUCACCUGGAAUUGCUUGCAUGUCCUUAUUCAAGGCCUCAGAGCUCCACCAAUAAAUCAGUUCAGAAAAAGAUUGGCCCUGAUCAUCCCCACUUAAUAUCGGUUCCCUGUUUGACACACUAUCCUUUUGUUAUUUUUAUAUGAGGAAGUAAGAGGUUAAAUAACACCUAUUUCAAAACUCUGUUGUACUAUUUGUGGUCUAGCAGCUGGGCUACUGUACACACACCCUGAAAGGCAAUACAUUUACAGCAUUUGAUAUGUCAUGAUAAAGGCUCAUAUAUGCUUAUAACAACUUAAAAAGCAUCGUACCUGAAGGCUUCAAGUAAAGCGUUACUCAAUGUUUUUUCAAAGUGCAACAUUACAUUUGGACUAAAGGUUCCCUACAUAAUGUAUUUUAUGUUUGGUCAUGUUUUUUUGUGUUCAUUAUAGAUACGGAGAGCCAUACAAGCUGAAGAUUGUGUGCCAGAACAUCACCACUCUUUCUUGUGACCUCACUGCAGAGACACCAUACAUCUAUCAAAAUUCCUACUAUGCUCAGGUUUUCGGCAACAGUCACUCGCUAGGCCAUACAGCAAUGUUUAAACCUCUGAGAGACAGUAAGCAAUUUUAUCUCUUUAUCAUACUUUUUCUAGAUUGGGAUGUUUUUUGAGUAUGUGUUGGCUCAGAGGGCAGAAUCCUUACUUGUGAUACAUACACAUAGCUCCAACUGUCUGUUCAUAUUCCAUAAUGACAUCAAUGUAUGAUUUCCAUAAAAGCUUAUGUUAUUCACCAAUUCUUCCAGUUAGCAUUUGGCCCAUACUAAAAGGCUUUAUCCUCUUUUCUACAGUUUGUCACCAAUUAUUCUCACCCUUUCUUUGUCUUUUACAUGUCAGCUGUCCUUGGGCCACCCAAUUUGUCUGUGACCCCCACAACAUCAUCUUUAAAAGUGACAGUUACUCUUCCGUUGGGACCGGAUAAUAAGGCUUCCAUCGAGGAGAUUUACAACAGUACCAGCUUUUCCUACCAUAACCCUCCAACUCUCUAUAUCCUCAACAUCACUCAUCCUAGCUGGGCAGCACAGGUAAUUAUCUCACACGUACUGCUCACACGCAUGCAUGCACGGAAGCAUGCAGACACACACACACCCACCCACACACCCACACACACACACACCACACACACACACACACACACACACACACACACACACACACACACACACACACACACACACACACCCACACACACACACACACACACCCACACACACACACACACACCCACACACACACACACACACACACACACACACCCACCCACACACACACAUAUUAGAUACACAAACAUGUUCUAACUGCUGACUCUUUUUCCACAGGUCCAUAAAAACACAACUGGAGAGUUUGUCCUUAACCAUCUAAAGAACAACAACGUAGAGUACUGUGGCUAUGUGGUCUACACCCCGACUAGAGAACUGCACCGAAAUGCCAGUGAGAGCCGUACAUUCUGUGUGACAUUACCAGGUGAGGUCAUUUGGUGUCCUUCAGGGCUCUGUAUGUAUGCCCAAGCUGGUCUCAGAGCAUUUCGUAUUAUUCGUUAUGUAAAUCCGAGACGCUUCAUUUAGUAUAUGUUAAGUUUCGUAUGGUAUUAAUUUGAGGUUGUCCAUCACCCAUUUCGUAUGAUAUGUUACGGAUUGCAAUUCGUAUUAUAUGUUACAAAUUGCAAUUUGUAUUUAAUGUUACAAAUUAGCAAAACGUACAAUAUGUUACGAAUUAGCAAAACUUACAAUAUGUUAUGAAUUUGCAAAACGUACAAUAUGUUACGAAUUUGCUAAACGUAUGAUAUGUUACAAAUGCUAGCUAGGUGGCUAAUGUUAGCUAGCUGGCUAACGUUAGCUAGUCUAGGGGUUAGGGUUAGGGGUUAGGAUUAAGGUUAGGGUUAAGUUUAGGAGUUAGGUUAAAGGUUUAAGGUUAGGGGAAGGGUUAGCUAAAAGGGUUAAGGUUAGGGUUAGGGGAAGGGUUAGCUAACAUGCUAAGUAGUUGCAAAGUAGCUACUAAAAAGUAGUAAAUAGUUGAAAAGUUGCUAAUUAGUUAAAAUGCUCAAGUUUUCCGUGAUGAGAUUCGAACUCGCAACCUUUGGUUAUACGUCCACCCAUCCACCCUGACCAACCCCCCUACUUUCGUUUUUGCUUUAAGUAACCAUCUGUCUUAUGUAACCAUACCAGAUGUAACAUAUCAUACUAAUUUUAGUGUCCUGGAUUUACAUUUACUAUGUUACGUCUAGUCUAUGAGACCAGGCUGGUAUGCCUUUCCUUUUUGCCUUUGCUAGUUUUGUUGAAUGAAUCAUCUGUGAAUGCAUUCCUAAAGUAUGAGUAGAGUUUGAGUAACCAUACUGUUACCAUAAAGAACUUAAAGGCAUAUUGUAAAUGCAUUGACUGUAGUUUCACAAUGUUAAGGGUAUUCCUGCUGCCUUUUCAAAGAUUAUAUAAAGGCUCACUUCCUGAAGACAAGACUGAAUGGAGCCUCUUGUUUUUAAAUCCUUGAAACUACUGUACUGACUGAUCUCACGGACAUGCCCACGCUUGCUCUACAGAGCUGGCAAUUUACAACCUAUUGGCCUGUUUCCAAUAGGCUCUGAGAGUGAGGCAGCUGUUUUGCCACUACUGAGGUGUAAUACAAACAAUCUUCUCCCAUCUAGGUGACCUCUGGCUGCUGUUCCCCUGGUUCCUUCUCUUAGGGUGUCUGCUACUUGGUUCCCUACUGCUACCAGUGGUGGUGUGUCAUCACUAUGUGAAAAAGAAGAUUAACAUGCCAGACGCCUUGGUAAGAAAUGUACAUUAGAGAUUUCCCCAUACAUGAAGGAGUGCCAGGAAAUGUUGCUGUUACUGGAAAUACAGGCCUCCAGGCAAAACUUACAGUAACACGUGCUUGAGAGGCCUCAAUAGGGUGCAACCGAACUUGAGUUUAAUCUCAGCCACAAACACGCAAUACAUUCAGCCCUUUUCUACAGGAACACCUAAACGUAGAACAGGACACAAUGUGUAACAGUAGUUACAAUAAAAUGUUAUCUCUUUGCAAUUUACACCUGCACUGUUUUAUGAGGAAAUUAUUUAACUUUAUCAUCCUUCCUUUUCUCUUUAAAUGACUGCAUUUACCAAUCUUCCAGGAGUUGUAUCUGUUUUAUUACAUUUCCUAUCAUAUGCUGAGAAAUCAUCCCUGUUUAAUCAGUUGUAUCACUGUAAUUUGCAUUUCAUGCCAAGAACUGAAAGCAAUUACAAAAGAUUACAGCAGUGUUGUUUCAGUUGAGCUCAUUUCAUUCUUGCCAUGAAAGUUGUUAAGAAUUGUAAUUGAACAAGUUAAAGAAUCAAAUACAUUUUGUUUGACAUACAUUGUAACCACUCACUCAAUGAUUCCAAGGGUUUGGUGGGGUGGAGAGGGGGUCAUAGAGGUGUUUUAGUAAUAGUUAAGUCAUCGAAAACCUCUUUCUCUUCUACACAGAAACUGACAACGAGCAACGUCCCACCUCCAUCGUGGCACCCUCCAGAAGCCAUCACCAUCUCCAUUGCCAAGCCGUAUCAUUACCCUGUGGGGUUCUCCUACGGUGACCUGAAGACUGGUAAACUCCAGAUGGGGUCAAAGUUCACCAGCAGUGGGUCUGGGUCCUAUUCCCCCCAGGACGAACCCUCCUCCAUUGCCCAGCCCAAGCACUGUGACACCUACAUGGGCCAGCAGGGUCCACCCCUAGAGCACUCCAACAACAGCACCCAGUCCUCCACCAACUAUAGCAUGGUCGUAGUGCAGGUGGCCAAUGAAGGUGUGGAGGAAGAAUGCCAUCGCCAUCCAGACAGUGAAGACAACAUCAACUCUCCAUGGUCAUCUGAAUCCAGUGACCACAAACUCAUUUGGGUUCAAGGUGGCCCAGUUUUGUUUUCGUGUGGAGCACCACCUGAGCCAAACCGUUGUGUUGGAGACAGGGACUCAACAGCGCACCCCCUGGUACUGCCCACAUUGCGGCGUAUUGACGGCCUACUGCAGUUGUCCACUCUGCUGCUCCAGCCAGAGACACAGAGUGCUGUGGCCAGCCUGGCACUGCCUACCGACGCUGAGGAGCAGCCCCUUUUGUGGGACCUAGACAGCACUGGGCAAGGGGCAUCACUAUUGUCUGACCUGGUCACCACGGGGGAGACAGAGUGGUUGGACCCUGGUACAGGGAGAGAGGAGAAGAGAACAAUAUACACCCCAAUCUCUCCAAUGUGUUUCAAUAACUCCAAUGACUCUCCAUCUCACUCCAUACCUCCCAUCACCCUUGCAGACUGCGAGACCUCAUCAAUGACACUCUUGUCUGGUUACAAACAACACCGGGUACCCCUUGCCCCUCUAGGGCUAACAGCAGAGGAUAGCUUUGGUAUUUCCUCAUAUGCUCCACAACAGGCUUGGACUGAUCAGGAGGAAGAAGAGGAAGAAGGAGAGGAAGAAGGAGAUGAAAGAGGCAGUGAAUUCUUUCUGGGUGGUUGGGUGGUACAAAUUCUAGGA